AUGCAGGCCCACAUUGACAGCUUGAUGGCCGUUCUGAAUGGCGGCGCUGAUCCGCAGAACCAGUUGCAGAGGGCAGUUCAACGUUUGAAGGAGAACGAGGAAGACGUGGUGCGCCUGCGCGAGGAGAACGAGAAGCUGUCGAGGCUGGCGCAGACCUGGCAGGCUUGGGUUGACCACUUGGAGGAAGAACUGCAGAGGGUGGGUGACAGUGGUGACUUGGUUCAGAUCAAGGAGGAUCUCACUGCGCGCCUCGCGACGAGGGAGUUGGCUUCUGGUCGGCCCGCGCAGAGGGAUGAGGAACGGUGGCAGUUUCAAGGCGACAGUGGCGAGUGGGUGCCAUUUCCAGAGCGUGCGAACCAGGAACUCAUGGGCAAGUUUCGACAAGGUCUUUGGCACUGCGAGGUCAGCGUCCAUGGAAAGGUGUACGCCAUCAAUUUCCGGGAGGGCUGGCAGAUUAACCAACGCACUGGAAAAACUCGGUGGAUCCGUUGUUUUUUCGAUGUGCCCAUCCAUUGGAAGCUGACCAUCGAAGAAGCCUUCCAGUUUCUCACUCCCGCAGGUGCCAACUUCGUUGCGCGAACGGUGCGGCCAGUGCGGGAUCCACUGAUCCUCUUCAGAUUACAAGGGGUGUUGAACCGAUCACGUUCUCGGCAUGAUGGUGCAUCCUGUUGGUGUAGUCACGGAAGUUCAAGCUUUCAGGUGCUGGAGGCUUUUCAGGUCAAGAACCUUCAUGUGUGGCGACGAUAUCAACGCUUUCUUCAAUCCAUCCGAGAAAAGCACCAUCAGCUUGGCAUCUCCCCAGAAGCCUGUCCAGCAGUAGGUGACGCCUUAACGGAGUUUGCUCACGAACUCCAAGUGGACCAAGCUGGGAACGAACGGCUCUUGCUGCACGGGACACGAGACUUGGAGACGGCCAUGAAAAUUGCGCUCGAAGGGUUUGACAACCGCGUUCGAGAACGACCGGGACUUUAUGGACAAGGCACCUACUUUGCGGCCCAAACCUGCAAGAGCGCGCAGUAUGCCACCAACGGUGGCACGCACUACAAAGCAUCGAGCGAGAUGAUGGGGACCAUGCUCUUUGCUCGCGUGGCCAUCGGCCAUCCUUUUUAUGCAGAAGGUCCAUGUCACGAACGCACGCGUCCCCCAGAAAAGUAUGCAGUGCGUGCUGAUUCCAUCAUUGCGAUGCCUGGCAUUCCAAAUGGCCUACCGGGUCGUGCUGGGCUGCAGGGCCAUCUGGAGGUGGUGACCUUUGACCCUGCCCAGGCUUAUCCUGAAUUCAUUGUACGAUUUAUUGAGAACUAG